CUAACACUUCCACAAACUUUCCCCAAACCAAAACAGAGUAAACAAAAAAAAGCAGAGUCAAAUUGCUAUCCUAUGGAUUAAAAAUGGAACACCUGAAAGUGGAAUUCGAGGAAGAAACAGUGACCUACGGUGGUUCAGCGGCGGCGGCUUCUUCGUCUGUUGGAUCUUCCUCGUCACCGAGACCAAUGGAAGGGCUUAACGAGACAGGGCCACCGCCGUUUCUGACAAAGACAUACGACAUGGUGGAGGAUCCUGCGACGGACACGGUGGUGUCUUGGAGCAAUGGUCGUAACAGCUUCAUCGUUUGGGAUUCUCACAAAUUCUCCACAACUCUCCUCCCUCGCUACUUCAAGCAUUCCAAUUUCUCCAGCUUCAUUCGUCAGCUCAACACUUAUGGAUUCAGAAAGAUCGAUCCGGACAGAUGGGAGUUUGCGAACGAAGGGUUUUUAGCGGGGCAAAAGCAUCUCCUGAAGAGCAUAAAACGAAGGAGGAACAUGGGUUUGCAGACAGUGAGUCAUCAGCAAGGAACAGGAUCAUCAGGUAUGUCAUGUGUGGAAGUUGGGCAAUACGGGUUCGAAGGGGAGGUAGAGAGGCUAAAGAGGGACCAUAGCGUACUCGUAGCUGAAGUGGUUAGGCUGAGACAGCAGCAACAUAACUCCAAGAGCCAGGUUGCAGAAAUGGAGCAGCGUCUGCUCGUUACGGAGAAGAGACAGCAGCAAAUGAUGACGUUCCUCGCCAAGGCUCUUAACAACCCAAACUUUGUUCAACAGUUUGCACUGAUGAGCAAAGAGAGGAAGGCUUUGUUCGGUUCAGAUGUUGGUAGGAAACGGAGGCUUACUUCAAGCCCAAGCUUGGGGACUAUUGAGGAAGGUUUGUUGCAUGAUCAGGAGUUUGACAGGAUGAAGAAUGAUAUGGAAACAUUGCUUGCUGCAGCUAUAGAUAAUGAGUCGAGUAGUUUGGUUCCUAAUAAGAAAGAUGAGGAAGCGUUGAAUUUGAUGAUGGAAGAUGGUCAUUUAGAGCCAGAGAUUGAUGUGAAAGUGGAGGACUUGGUUGCUUCACCGUUGGAUUGGGGUAGUGAGGAUCUACAUGACAUUGUUGAUCAAAUGGGUUUUCUUGGAUCAGAACCUUAGUCUCUACACUGUCUAAGUUGUGGAAGACAAGGACUAUGCUGUAGCAGAAAGAAAAUGAACAAAUACAGAGGGAUCUUGAUACUUUCAUUUCAUAUAAGGUAAUUUCUUAACUUAUCUCCUCACAGCAUAUUGUAGCAAAAACAAAAGAACCUGCAAACUUACUCCAGGUCGAAACUGUGGGAAACGAUGUGGAAUCCCUCCACGAAUCAAAUAACAAGCAUAUUGUAAGAGGAACAGUCUUACCAAACAUGGUCAUAGUCGAUCAUGAUCAUGAAGAGGAAUAUGACGAGCAGCACAGUGAGCCAUGUUUGCCAUUUUCCUUAGAAGAAUACAACGAUCACGUUUGAUGUAGGUAGAUUCAAUCUUUUCAUUUAUUCUUUCAUUGUUUCAACCAGGAAGCUCAUAUCUAGGUGUUGAAGUCUGAAAGAAUCUUUGAGUAGACUUAGAUAUCUCAUGCUCUGCUUCAUCAGUGCAUAGCGAUGCCUCUUAAGUUCAUGGACGUGUAGAAGAAAACGCACGAAUCUGGUCAAUGCCUUGAAAUCCAAAACUAGAGCAGUAAGGGCAACACAACCAAGCUGCUUGGUCCAAGCAUCUCUGCAAUGAAUGACUCAGGGGUUUCCUCGUAAAAGCUGCCAUAAUACGAAUGUCUUUAUAGAUCUAACUUUUUUCCAGUCUGGAUGAUGAAACAAAGACGUAAUGUCACACCUGAAAGUAAAAUUUCGGUAAGAUUUCAUUCAAAUGAAUGUAGGAGCUUAGUAUAAGUUUAUGCUUCAACGUUAGAAGUGGUUGCUAUGCAGAAUGACAAAUUCUGUUAGCCAAACACAAGGAAAACCACCAAUCGCUAUAAUCGUUUUGUCUCCUUCGUAAGUAAUGAAAACAGAUUAAUAAAUU